CGCUCAUCCAGGCGCCCACCUGGGGAAAGAGGAUGCAGCCCUGGGUCUGAAGCUUCCCCGAGCCAGAACCUUAUCCCGAACCCUCCCGCAGUCCCCUCGUCCCACCCGGCAUGGCUGCUCCCCGUAGCUCCCUGACCCUCUAAUAACCCCCUCCCUCCCCGGGCGCAUUUUUCCUCCUCCCGGUUCGGACCGGGGUCUGCUGGCCGGAGGAUGGACGAAGAUGGACCGAGAGCAGCCGAGGAGCAGGACCCAGAGCCGGGCAAAUCCAAGACUUUCAUCCGCCUUAAUGACCUGUCCGGGAAUGGAGGUCGCUCGGGUCCAGGGGACAAGGACGCAGGAAGUGGGGACUCGGAGGUGGAGGGGCUCCCCUACCCGGCUCUGGCCCCGGUCGUUUUCUUUUAUCUGAACCAGGAGAGCAGACCGAGGAGCUGGUGCCUCUGGGUGGUGUGCAACCCAUAUCCUUUGCAAGCUGGCAGGUGGCACUGCCAAGGAAAUCCGGAACAAGGAUUCCCACAAGAUGCAAAAUUCUUUGAGAGCGUCAACAAGCACGUGGAUAAGGGUGAUCCAGUCAGUAUGGCACUUGGCCUUUCAGAAAGACUUUGA